UCUUGCCCCCAACAUGCACCUAUGCCGCUGCACAGGAUUGAUUGCAUCCGAAAAAAAGUUGUGGAAUCCCGAUGUCCAUCACACCACUGUGGACAAUAUAAAGCAGAUGGGCCUCAGUGAACUGCGCAGCAGGCUCUCCCACUUUUUUUUUGAAUUCUCCCCCGGUAAUCUUUCAACUAUUUUUCUUCAAAUCUUCCCUUUCAUUCAAUAACUUAAUCCUUGAAAACUCACGAUGUUCUUCAACUUUGCAAUUAUUCUAGCUGGCGCUGGUUUCGCCGUUGCUCAAUCGGGACUCUCUUCGCAGUGCCAGAGUGCACUGCUUAACAUUUCAACCUCGUCCAGUGCCGCAUGUUUGAAUCCAUCAGGGCUGAUCUCGCUCGUUAUCACGAACUCAAACUCAAGUUCGAUUAUUCCUGGUGUCAACACCUGGAUUUCUGGCUUGUGCUCUCAAGCCGCCUGUAGUAACUCGACCCUCCAAACUGUCGUAACAGAGGUCAUUUCGGGAUGUUCUACUGAUCUCUCGAGUCUUGGAGUAAUUACCACCGAUCCCACUGCUAUUGUCACAUCCAUUCAGGCCUCUUACCCUACUGUUCGACAGCUUUUGUGUUUGGAGGACAUUUUGCUGACCACUCAUUGUGUUCCUGAGAUGCUCACGGGCAUACAGUCUGCCACGACGACUCUUUCGCUAAAUAGCAUAAUCACACUUGUCACAAAAUUGGUAUCCGGUCAGAGCACUGGAAUUCCCUCGAGUGCUGUCUGCACCAAUUGCACUAAGGCCGCCUAUACCGUCCUUAGUCAGGGUCUUCCUGAAAUUGCUACCACUGCUCAAAGCUCACUCUCAUCCGAAUGUGGUGCCAACUACACAGAUGGUCAGAUGCCUUCUAGUAUUCAGGCGACAGCAGGCAAUUCCUCUUCAACAACCAGCAGUAGUGGUGCUAUUGCGCUUUCUGUUAGUAGUCUCAACAUGGGUGCUGCUGCUGUUGCAGCCGUUUCAGCCGCCUUUGCAAUCUUUGCUUAAGUUUCGUGAUGGACUUAUGAAGUUAUUUGGACUAUUGAGCAACUUGGUGAAUUAUUUACAAUCAUG